UAAAUUUGGUGUUGGUUUUACUUCGGUUCCGGGACUUCUGUUCCUUUGCGGCCUCCGUAGCGUGAGAAGCUUAACAGCCAAACUGGGAGCAAUAUAGUUUCGUUAAUGUAUUGUUUUUAUCAUACUAGCCAAACAAACAAGUACGUGAAAUGGCUGCUUCUUUCACGAUUGUAGAGCAAGAUCUAUUGGAAUCUCUUGAAGAUCAAACAAACCUUCGGUGCAGAAAAUGCCGCAGAUGUCUCACAGACUCAAGAAGCCUCCUUAAGAUAGUAACAUCUGGGGAAGCUGCAGCCACAUGCAAUGUGUGGCAUUUGAAUGUUGAAUCUUUGCCUGAUUGGAUUCUAGCAAGUGUUAGCCAGGUCCAUUGGACAGUGGGGAAAUUAAACUGCCACUACUGUGGAGCUCGUCUUGGAGGCUUCAAUUUUAUAAACUGCUCCAAAUGCACCUGUGGACAGGAUACAACAGUACAUCUCAGUAAGAGUCGGGUUGAUCAGGAUUUACAGCCUUCAGUCCUCUUCACAAGACCAGGCAGGACUAGAGGACAUACUGAGAGAAAGAAAAAUGAGUUUUCUUUUGAGACAGUAGGCUCAGUGACUGAACUGCUGACAACACAAAUACAGACCACCCAUUUAGAUGCAAUGCCUUCUCCUUCCUUCACCCUUAACUCCUCCUGUACUCUGCCCCAUGCAAACACUGCUGGUGAUGUGAAUGAAGCUGAGAUAGUGUCAAGUGAAGAAUCACAGAUUCUUGGAACUGUUGAGAUGACUACAGAUGUGCCUUUACCUUCUGAAUUGGCACUCCCACCACUGCCAUCUGAUUUUCGGGAGAACUUGGAGGAACGUCAACUGGGUUCUGCUUUCCAGAUUAGAGCCUCUGUGGACAUAGCAGUGUGUCCAGAGCCGUUGAGAAAUACCUCAUCCAAUGCAGACCCAAAGUUUUCGAAGAGAGAAAGAAAUCGCUUAAAAAGCCUAAGAAGAAAGCAGAGGAAGAAGGAACUUUGGAUUCAGAGGCAGAAGGAGGUUAAAGAGCUGGCUAUGAAGUCGGACCUAACAAGCAGUGAUGAUGAGGAGAAGGAGGGAUACACAUGUGCCGUGUGUUUAGAUGUAUAUUACAGUCCUUACAAGUGCCAUCCCUGCAGUCAUGUGUUCUGUGAGCCCUGUUUGAGAACACUGGCUAAAAAUCGGCCAAGCAACACCCCCUGCCCUCUCUGUAGAACCCUCAUAUCACAUGUGCUCUUCCAGGAAGAGCUCAAUCAAACUACAAAGACUGUCUUCCCAAAAGUAUAUCGGUCUAGACAUGAAACCUUUCAAAAGACCAACUACUCCAAAUGGCCUCUGCCCAAUUGUCCGAAGCGGUUCCGUAUUUUUUGGGGGUUUCAGAGACAUGGAGGCCCUGCUAGUCGCUGGCAGUUUCCCCGCAGAGCAUUUGGGCUUGAUGCGUUGGACUUGGGGGACAUGUGGGGCUGGCCAUUUGAUGUUGACUUUGUCAUCAUCUCCAUCUACUCUCUGCACUGGGUCCUGGCAUUCAUAAUUUUCUGUUGCCUCUGCUACUUCUUCCUCCUCUAAUAUGUAGAGGGUUGGAUCACACUGUGUGUUGUUGCUGGACAAUUUAAUGUUGUUGACUGUGCUCAUCUCAUCAAGUGCCUUGUUCUUUUAUUGCAAAUGUAGCUUCAAAUCUGAUGAAAUAUGAUCAAGGUAUUCUUUUACCUGUGGAACCCACAUUUGUGUGCUUGUUUUUGGUUGAGGUCUUACAGGGUUUGUGCAAUCCAUAGAAAUUGAGUUGAGCUAUUACCUAACCUAAUAUCAUCUGCCUACACUUGAUGUAAUGCUGUAGAAAAAAGCAAUAAUACAGGACAUGAUGCCAAAUCAGCUGUACAGUUUAAUAAGUUGCCUCUAUUCCUGCUGGUGUUAUGUUUAGGUUUUGAGGAGCGUGGUUAAAAGUUGUGAUGUGCUAGUAUCCAAUUAACUAUUUCUUCUGCUUUAAGGAAUAUUCCGGGUUCAGUACAAGUUAAGCUCAAUAAAUAGCAUGUGGCAUAAUGUUGACUACCAAAUAAAUAGAGACUUGUUCCUCUUUCUUUUAAAAAGCAAAAAUCGGGGUUACAAUGAGGCAGUUACAAUAGAAGUGAAUGGGGCCAAUAGGUAAAUGUUAAAAUAAUCACUGUUUCAAAGGUUCAGCCACAAGACAUAAACAAUAUGCAUGUUAACAUGAUUUGUGUGUGAUAAAAUUGCUUACUAACCUUUUCUGUGUAUUAUAGUAAUAGAACCAAUUUUUACUUUGUUGCCAAGACCAUGUUACACUGUAAUGCCUAGAACAGAAGUCUGCCGCAAAGUGAUGAUUUAAACAACUUAAAAGCACAAACAAUACACAAGUUUUAAUAGAGGAAUUAAUGUGCUUUUAUAUUGUAAGCUUCACAUUUUUGCAUUUAAACCAUCCAAAAAUUGGCCCCAUUAACUUAAAUUGUUAGUGCCUCGAUUCUUUUAGAAAAUUGUUUUAGAUGGUUAUCAACAUUGUGCCACAAACACUAUCAACUGAGUUUAACUAUUGAACCCAGAAUAUUUAUUCAGUACCAAUUUGUAGAAUAGUUUGAAGUCUUCUAUUACAAGUUUGAGAACUUUUGCUGCUGUGCCAUAUGAAACAUUAUUUAAUGUUGCUUUGGAAAUGACUUAGAAUGAUAGUCCAGAAUCUCGUGCUCUUAUCUAAGACCAAGUAUGUAUUGGUUUGUGCCCACUUGAUGCUACCAUAUAAGCAUUAUGAGAUAAAUAUUUUUACUAAAGAUUUGAAACAGAUAUUCAUGUGCAGUGAUGUUUUAGAUGUAGAUUACAAAUAAAAUAAAUUUUGUGAAUAAUUCCCUUCCUUGAACCUGAGCGAUCGUGCUUCUUUGGCAAAAUGGACUAUCCAGUGAAUGUGCAGCCCUCAUCUGUCGGGUAUCGACUUCGUGCAUGAGAUGCUGAGGAAGGGUCGCGGACGCUCUCUCGGAUCCGUCUCAUCUUUGACAGCAUCCGAGGAUCGACCUGUUUGCGAACAGCUGCAAGGACAAAUGGACUGAAAAGAUUUUCAAAGUGAGGUGGUUUUGGUCGUGAAUGCGUAUGCAUGCGUUCUGCAACGAACGGGCGAAUGAACCGCCCCAGAUCCGCAGCCAACAUUUUUCAAAUCUGCAAGUCCUCACUACGAGGUCCAGAGCACCGGUAGAGCACCGAGAGCGGGCGGAGAGCUCAGUGGGCGAUGGAUUACUGUAGAGCGGUGAGUCUGCUCAUGGGGGUCAGACGAAUUACCGGUGCUGUUGUCCUUAAUAUUCAACUAAAUUAAUUCUCCUGCACGUAACGGCAGGUGUUACAGUUUUGUCCUUGUGCUAUUGUUUUAUCAUUUCUAGGGUUGAUUGUGUUUGCCGUAUUCUUGGAUAACUAUUUAAAUUGAUAUUUGACAUAAUAAACAUUACUGACAUCCGCACGGACCAUGAUUGAAUAGAAAUGUGGUAACACUUUAGAAUACUUUAUCUUACUUAAUGCAUAACUAAUAAGGAAUUACAGCAGAACUAGGUAAUUCUUCAUUACCUAUUACACUUAAAGUCACUACUAUUAACUACUAAGGAAGAUGUGUUAACUAAUCAGUAUGUAAUAGCAUUUUAUAGUUGUGUUAAAUACAAUUAGCUAAUCAAUAACUAUUGAAUUCAGUCAU